AUGUCCAGUUUGCUCAACUCUAAGAUUGGCUUGAAUGCUCGUGCUCUAACAUCUGGCAGAAGGUGGUCCAAGACCCUCAACUUCAGCAUGGCUGGCCUCUCCACAAACGUAAUAUUUGUGGACAGCUUCGACAGCUGUUUAGCCGGCCUAUCCAGAAAAAGCUCUUCUGACAUCUUUUCGACCAAGAUCAGGUUUGCUGGCUGUCUGACUUUGGGCACAGUAGGAGGAUCCACAAUCGUGGCAUACUUCUCUGGCAACGAAUCCACCACUUCUAUGGGGAUCUGGCUCCCAUUUAAUGAAGACUUCAAUUUUUUUGAGGCCUGCAACUGCGAAUGA